GUUUUAGCUUUGGAUGAACAGCAAUGUCAGGACAGCGAGUAUGUGUGUCUGACUUUGAGGAGGAAGCUAGAAAAGUUCUUCCCAAAGCUGUGUAUGACUACUAUCGCUCAGGAGCUGAUGAACAAAACACAUUGGCUGACAAUGUUGCUGCCUUCAAGAGGUGGUAUCUUGUCCCUCGGGUGUUGAGGGAUGUUUCUGUAGUGGAUCUGUCUGUCUCCAUGCUGGGCCAGAGGCUCAGCAUGCCUCUCUGUGUGGCAGCCACGGCAAUGCAGAGGAUGGCUCAUCCUGAAGGAGAAACAGCUACAGCAAGAGCAUGCCGAACUGUGGGAGCAGGGAUGAUGCUGAGCUCCUGGGCCACCUCUACUAUAGAGGAAGUGAUGUCAGCAAUGACAACCUCAUUGAGUGCUGGGGGUGUCCUGUGGCUGCAACUUUAUAUAUAUAAAGACAGAGAGCUCACACUGUCAUUGGUUCGCCGUGCAGAGGAGGUAGGCUACAAGGCUAUCUUUGUUACCGUGGAUACGCCAUACCUAGGAAGAAGAUGGGACGACAUGCGCAACAGCUUUCAGCUGCCCCCACACCUUAGUAUGUCUAACUUUUCAACAGCCUCCCUGGCAUUCUCUGAGGGAAACUAUGGCAGUGACAGUGGUUUGGCUGUUUAUGUUGCAAAAGCAAUCGACCCCACCCUCUGUUGGGACGACAUUACCUGGCUGAAGAAACAUACAAUUCUACCUGUGAUAGUGAAAGGAAUAUUGAAUGUUUCUGUGUGUAUGAUAGGUGAGGAUGCUGUCAAGGCUGUCAACUAUGGUGUCAGUGGCAUCCUAGUGUCCAAUCAUGGAGCUCGACAACUGGAUGGGGUUCCUGCCACGCUUGAUGUGUUAGAUGAGGUGGUAAAGGCAGUGCAGGGUCGCUGCGAUGUCUACAUGGAUGGAGGAGUGAGGCGCGGGACUGACAUCCUUAAGGCCUUAGCACUGGGAGCAAAGGCCGUCUUCAUUGGCCGACCAGUGCUCUGGGGCCUUGCUUGUCAGGGGGAAAAGGGAGUGACUGAGGUCCUUGAACUUCUAAAGGAGGAGCUGCGACUUGCUAUGGCACUGUCAGGUUGCCGCUCCAUAUCUGAGGUGAGCCGGUCCCUGGUCAGGAAACUGGAUUUUACCUCCAGGAUGUGAAAGAAGAAUCUGUGGUUGGACUCACGGGACAAUGCAAUCUUGAUGGAUCCCUGAACUAAUUCAUUUGUUACUCAUUUGUGCCAUAAAUAGUAUUAUAUCAUAUGUACAGGUUUUUACUUUGACUUGUUACUAUGAUAUUAUCCUAAAGCUGUGUCAUGUUAUAUAAAAUUGUAGAAGUUGUUUACUUCAUGAUAACCUUAGCUACUUCAUCUGUCCCUUUAGAAAGACAGGAGGUCAUUAUUAAAAAUCAUGUUUGAUGUGACUAACAA